GCUGUCAUAUUUGAUGUUGACAUAUAAAUCAUAGACACGAAAGAGACAAUAUAUUUAAAUUAUAUAUAUUUACAGUCGAAUCCAAAGAAUACGAUAGAAUUAAUGCAAAUACCUAAAUCUAAAUAUGUCUCCUUGGACAACGUAAACGACAAACCGUACAACCGUUCCAACCAACAUUUGAACCAAUCGGAACGUUGGCCGAACUUUACAACCCAAUCGUUGGCCAACACGAGCACUAGAACCGAAUGUUGGCGGACUUUAACUAAAUCCGUAGCGGAUUUCUUGGAUACGCGCGAUGACGUCACCAGCUCGUCCAACGAUUUGGCGAACAAUUUGGACGCGAAUAACUGUGCGGAGUGUUUGAAAAAUAAUUUCUGGAUAAAACCGGUUACUGGUGAAAAUUACUCAAACCAAAGUUGUAAAAAGAAACGAACCACGUUCCGUACAGAUUCGUCACUACUAAUAAUACAUAAUCUAUCAUCGAGCAGUGAUAAUAUCGAUAGUAAAUCGAUUCCCGAUAUCGAUACCGGAUGCCAAUCGACAAAAUCGAUAGCCGAUUCACAACUGAAAAAAAUCAAUUCAAUCGAUACUGAAGAAGCGAUAAUUAAAACGAAUAAUAUCGAUUUGACGUCGAUUAAAAUCGAUUCUAAUCGGAAUGAUAUAGACAAGAUAGACGAUAGAGAUGACAGAAGGCGGGAGAAUGAACAAUUAGUUUUGACGCAGCUGUCAAAAAUUAUACGCAUUUUAGAGAAAAAGGAUUUAACUUGAACGUGAGCUAAUUCAA